AUGGCAAGAAGCCCGGGGCUCGGCCUCAAAGCGGUCGAGACAGUCGGCGGCGCCGGGACGACGGCCAUCGGCGAGACGGCUACCGGGACAGAGACCGAGAUCGGGAUCGCCGCGGGUCCAAUGAUCGGCGCCGCGAGGCGAGGAGCCUUGACAAAAAGAAUCCACAGGCGCGCCGCAGCAGGAGCUCGCGCGGCCGAAGAGACCGGCGUCGGUCCAGCACGGAGCCGCGGAAACGGAACCGCAGCCCCACGGAGUACAGCAGUUCUGGCUCUGGAUCAUCCAGUGGCAGCGGCCUUGGAUGCUCGCAGCGGCGCGAAGAAGAAGUCGGCGGACUCGGACAAGGACGAGAUCAUCCACUUCUCCUGGACUGAGGGCCAGAUGCUUGGGGAGAAGAAGGAGCACGCGAGGUACCAAGUCCAGCGCCUGCUGGGCGACGGCACCUUCGGCCGCGUGCUUCUUUGUCGCGACUGCAAGGAUGACAGAGAGGUUGCUGUCAAGGUUAUACGGGAUGUGCGGCGGUAUGCCGAGAACGCCAAGAUCGAAGCAGACAUCCUGCGGGAUAUCAAAAAGGCGGAUCCUCAGGGCAAGCGGACCAGGAGUGCGAUCAUGUUGGACACCUUUCUGUUCAACGGGCACUUCUGCCUCGUCUUCGAAGUCUGCGGCUGUUCGCUCUACGACUUCCUCAAAGAGAACGAGUUCCGCGGGUUUUGGAUGCAGGACAUCCAGCACUUCGCCGAGCAGAGCCUCGAAGCGCUGGGAUUUCUGCAUAGCCGCCUGCAGAUGACCCACACGGAUCUCAAGCCGGAGAACAUCCUCCUGGCGGUCAAUGCGCCGCCCCGGCCCAGCGACUUCCCGCGCCAGGCCUGGCAGGACAAGAACAAGGUGACCAAGAAGAAUGGUCAUGCGUACUUGAGACCGGCCACCAGCGAUAUCAAGCUGAUCGAUUUUGGCAAUGCCACGUAUGAUGACGAGCACCACUCGUCCAUCAUCAACACCAGACAGUACAGAGGGCCGGAGGUGAUCCUCGCCAUGGGCUGGAACGAGCUCUCGGACGUGUGGUCCAUCGGGAGCAGCAUCCUCGUGAAUGACAGGAGCGCCCUCAGAGUCUCAGAGUUGGCAAGUGAUGAGCUCAUGACGGUUUGCUAUGGCCAUUGGAAUCCAGAAGUGGCGUGUGGAGUCUUCAGUCUUCAGCACGGUGUUUGGGCCUUGUUUGAGUGA